AUGACGGAGGAUACUCCCCCUUCCGCAGACGAUAACGAUUGGCUUUUUCGCUACAAGGCACCCUUCAGUAGGAACCCUGAGGAACCUACUUGUAUUGGGCUUCCGGGGCCUCGAAACUGGGGCGAUGCCAUGAAGGAGGAUAUACUACAGAGAAUUACGUUCACUUGGUCCCUAGAACGGUUCAACCAAUCCUCUGACACCACACGGGUUCAACCCGACGCGUCCGAGUAUAGCAGACACGGGGACACUACCUCGAAUCGUGAUCAACGCAUCAACACCUUUAUUCGCCGUGCUUCCGCUGAUCCUUCCCUUCGGAGCGUCAGCGUGCCCGCAGGUCCCGUCAUCUCUGUUCCGACGGAUAAGAGUCGGGCUAAAACCGUCCCAAGGGAGUUACCUUCUCCAAACCGAGAAGGAGACCACAGCCAGUCAGCCACGUCUGCAGAGGGUGUGCAGGUGUUUCAGAAGCGUAAGUUCCAGAAAUACCGAGACACAAACUCUAGCGGGGGCUUCUAUUGGAUUGGCACCUCCUCUGAUCAGCUACUCGAUAUGCCUACGACUCCGCCUGAUCAGGCGAAGGCGAAGGACUUACUUCUUCAUCGAUCCUCUACGGGCUUCCAAGUAUGGAUCCGCUCAUCUCAAGGGACUCCUCGGUGGCUUCGAGUGGGGGGUGGGUACACUUCUAUUUACGAACGUUACAUUGCAAUAACGGAAGGAGGCCGUCUAACGUUGGUGAAGGAAGAACAUUGGAAGCGGGAGUACAAGAAAGACUAUGACGGCGGCAAAUCACCUAUCGUAGAACCAUGA